AUGAGCGUAUCAGUCGAGCGGCUCGGGAAUGGCGCUUCGUUCUGUCUACGGGACGAGCUCACAGGAACUACAGUGCUAUUAGGAUGUGGUGAAGCUAAAGAUACGUCCUUUUUCUCAACCGAUGAUGCAAAUACUGAGGAUUUUGAAGCCGUGACGAUGCAGUACCGACGUGAAUUAAAAGGUCUCUUGCGACGUGAUGGAGGCACUGUUGACGCCAUUUUAGUGCCAGAUUAUCGUCCUGGAGCGAGUUAUAUGCUGCCAUAUAUUACUGAGAAGUGUGGCGUAUCAUGGAUGAUGUCAACGACAUUAGACUUGAGUCAGAAACAGCCUCCAAUGAUCAUUAUGACACAUGGGACACGAGCUAUUGCGCCACAUCUUUUGAAGGAAUAUUGGACUGGAUGUCACGGGAAAGUAAAGGACGGAGGCAGCGGUUUGCCAGCUCUGUACGACGUCCAGAACAUUGCUCCAGCCUUUAAGAAAGCCAAACCAGUUGCACUAAAGGCUCGUGUGACUGUGAACGAACAUCUGAAGGUCACAACUUUCCAUUCAGGUCAUGUAGCUGGUGGCUGUGCUUUUUACUUGGAGAUUGGAGCCACGACGGUGUUAUUUGCCAAUGACUUUAAUCUUACAGGUGGACGAGUGUUGCUAUCGGCGCAGAUUCCAAGAUUGGAGCCCAGUGUGCUGAUCACACGCAGCUCGUUUGCUGUGACCGUGUCGGAGACGCAAAGUGCCAUGGAGAGGGAACUUGUGAAGGUCAUUUUGGAGUGUAUUAGCUCAAAUGGCAAAGUGGUGAUUCCAGUUUACCGCUUGGGAUACUUUCACGAAUUGAUUACUAUUUUGCUAGAGCAUUGGCAGCAAAUGAAGGAUGCUAGUGGCAAGGUAGCGCAGUGUCCUAUCUAUUUAUCAAACGAAGCGAUGGAGUAUCCGAGUAGAUACUUGCCCCUGCUGUCUCGUACAUGCACACCUGCUAUUCAGAAUUUGCUGCGUAAGAAGUCUUCGAAUGCGUCUGAUUUGCAAGUGUUUGAUUGGAAUCGGCUUCAGCAACCAGGACCAUUUGUACUGUUUACGGGACCAGCUAACAUUUCCCAGGGUGAUUCAUUGCGUGCGAUUAAGGCCGUCGCGAACGAUCCAAUAAACCUCAUUGUACUCUCAGAAUAUUGCACGCCAGGCACAGUAAACUAUUUGCUCUAUGCUGAUACUGAACGAAAGCGUGUCAGCAAGAGACUUGGAGUGAAUGUGGAAUGCGGAGUACACUACCAGCCUUGCGGAGAUGAAGUGGAUACCAGGAGCAUUGUCCAGCUCGUGUCACAUGUGGCGCCCCGCCAAGUCAUUCUUGACUAUACUGUUGCAGACGACCUGGAAUUUGUUAAGACACACGUCCAUAAUCAGCUGAAGAUGGACCCUGCUGUUGACACUAGCGUAGUGGUGAAAGGAAUCAACCCCACAGGGCGAACACCUAUCGAACCUGCUCGAGACAUUCCUUUGCGUAUCCACAAGUCUAUGUUCAGCAACCCUUCAGAUGUGCAGGGAAUGCUGAUUGCCGAACCCAAGCGCAAGCUGAUGCUACUUUCAUGCGGCAACGGUGCACGGCGUUUAAAGAAGAAGAAACAUUCGCUUUUCUUUUCCUACUCUUGGAAAAAGCCGUUUGAACCCUUUCCUCGUGUAAAGAAGAAAAGCUCCCGCCCUGCAUCGGCAUUAUCUUUUCUGCUGUCAGCAGCCGUGGAGUCGGCUGAUGAAGAGGAAGAAAGCGAGCAGCAAGUGCAAGCAAACGUGGAUCUACUUCUGAAUUCAUUGAAGGUCAGCCUAACCAAGUGGCUUGGCCAUCUGCCUAUCGAAAAAAUUGAUCGUUGGCUGAAGCUUCGGACAGUAGGAGUGGCAGUAUCUGCUGAGUGGGAAGUCCAUAUGGAAUGGUCUUACGACGACGAAGCUUUGGCUGGGCGGGUGCUGGGCAUUGCAAAGCAAGUCGUUUACGCGGAAUACAAAAAACAACUCGCAAAGUAG